AUGCAUCUCCUCCCAUCUCUCACCAUCCUCGCUACCGCCUUCACAGCCCUAACCUCCGCCGUUGCCCUCCCCCAGUCCGAAUCCAGAGCUGUGGUUGAAUCCCGCACCUACGGCGGCGACAAGUGCCUCUGCGAGGAAGAUGCCAACCUCCUCCGGGACGCCUACGUACGCAUGAUCAGCGCCUGGAACCCGGCCGAUGCCAAGUACCUCACGGACGACUUUAGAGACACAAGCGGUAGCAUCAACAUUUUGAUUGGGAAGCCGUUGGAUGGAUCAGUCCCUACGUUUGCGAACAAGCAGGAGUUUGUGGAUCAUAUGACUGUUAUGCCCGACAACCUCCCCCUCCAAGUGACCUUCUCCACCUUCAACUGCAAGUACAUCACGCUCAUCUGGACCGCCACGUUUGGCGUCGCCCAAAAGGCCGUGCGCGGCAUCGCCGUCGUGGGAACCGUGUACGACAAGAAGAAGAAGAUGUGGCUGAUUAAUAGCCUGGAUGUUGAGUGGAACUCGAUGGCUUAUCUUUUGGAUAUCGGGGGCAGCUAUCAGGUGCCUGGACAGCCAUAG